CCUCUCUCAGUCCCUCACUCUCUCCCUCUCUCAGCCUUUUCUACAUCUUAAAGUAAGAUAAGAAGGAAAACAUGGCGGACGCACCAAAACAAAAAGAAAAGUCCAAGAUCUCCUCAGCCCGACGGUUGGGUUUGAAGAUCAGAUUGCUGAUUGUAGCUGGCCAGAUGCUAGAGGUUGAGGUGGAGGAGAAGAAGAGAGAAAGAGAUGAAGCUCUGGCUGAGAGAGUCCCUCCUCUCAAACUGUCUGGCUUGUCUGUGGAGGAGCUCCAGGAUUUGUGCCGAGAUCUGCACCAUAAGAUUGAUGUGGUAGAUGAGGAGCGAUAUGACGUGGGACUCAAAGUUACCAAAAAUGACAAGGAGAUCCAUGAUUUAGGACUAAAGAUCAUUGAGCUGCAGAGCAAGUUUAAGAAGCCAAACCUGAAGAGGGUGAAGAUCUCAGCUGAAGCCAUGCUCAGUGUUCUGCUGGGCUCCAAGCAUAAGGAGACCAUCGACUUCAAGUCCAACCUCAAGACAGUCAAGAAACCAGAGGAGAAGAAAGAAGAGGUCACCGACUGGCGUCAAAAUGUGGAUGCCAUGUCUGGCAUGGAGGGCAGAAAGAAGAUGUUUGAUGCUUGAAAGAUUAGUGAUGAUUAUCACGUUAUCCUCCAAUGAUGGCUUUGAUGAUUGAAGAUAAAAGACGAUGCAACAGAAAUGGAGAGGGCAACUGAAGGUAUGAAGAAUAACUGUAGGAGAUAACUGAGUGAACACAUGGAGAAGAAAAAUAAAUAAAUACAAACAUUUGUUCUUUUUUGUAUGUGAAAUAAAUGUUUUGAUUUAAAUGACUGUAUGAGAAUGUUGAAGGAAAUACAGAUAGUGUGUGUACAAUAAACUUAAUAUUAGUGUGUUUGAGCAAA